GUGCGAAGGAGGACUCGUUCAAUGUACUGGACCUGGCGGAGUACACCAAGAACCAGCCCUGGUGGCACAAGGUCUUUGCCCCCAGCUCAGGGUCGAGUGCAGAGAAAUAUAAUGUGGCCACACAGCUGGUCAUCGGAGGGGUCACGGGAUGGUGUACUGGAUUCAUCUUCCAGAAAGUCGGAAAGCUGGCAGCAACAGCGGUGGGAGGUGGCUUUUUCCUACUUCAGAUUGCAAACCACACUGGAUACAUCAAAGUGGACUGGAAGCUAGUAGAACGGGAUGUGAACAAAGCCAAGCAGCAGCUGAAGUUUCACAAGAAUGGUAACAAAAUGUCUCCAGAAGUCAAAAGCAGAGUGGAUGAG